AUGUUCAAGCUCAAAGCAGAAAAAAACGUGUUUCGACGAGGGUUAGCUGGAUCUGCCCCGGCAAGAGUUCCAUUGGCCUAUGAAUUGCACAGCGCCCCCCGAGGAACAGACAGACCAGAUGGGAGCAAGAGAGCCCCUAUCCUAUUUCUACACGGGUUUCUUGGAUCAAAACGAGAAAAUAAACCCGUGAGUAGUCACCGGGUGCUUGUGCUGAUUGCCCCUUUCUCCAGAAAGCUAUCUAGGGAGCUCUCCCGAGAUGUCUACACAUUAGUACUGUCCUUUGUCCAAAUUAACCUAGCAAGUCUAAUAUCGAAUAGGAUCUACGAAACCACGGAGAUUCAGGCCAUCACCCUAGCCAUCACUAUGUCGACCUAG